AUGCGCUCCAGGCAACAUCACGACGAAAAGCCAUCCCUCUACAGUGCUGGCUCUUCGCUUGACUCCACCAGCGACACCAUUCGGGACAAGACCGGAAAGCUUUACACCCCAUCCUCCUCAAACCCAUCGUCACACAGCACCGGCCUCGGUCUAGGCAUCGGUGCCCAACCUGGUGCAUCUGCAGCCGCCACCAGUAUAGUCUCCAAACGCGAGCACCGCAUCAUCGCCGCUCUCGUCGUCCUUGCGCUACUUGUCCGCAUGCGCAAACUGGGCCAGCCCUCGAGUGUCGUCUUUGACGAGGUCCACUUUGGCGGCUUUGCUGCCAAGUACAUCCAGGGUCGAUUCUUCAUGGACGUGCAUCCUCCUCUGGCCAAACUGCUCAUCACACUCGCUGCUUGGCUCGGUGGCUUUAACGGCGAUUUCGAUUUCAAGGACAUUGGCCGCGAGUAUCUUCAUGGCAAGGACACGCCUGUGCCGUAUGUCAUGAUGCGUGGUCUCAAUGCGCUCUUGGGUGUGGCCACUGUGCCUCUUGCCUACCUCACGCUGCGUGGGCUGUCGCUACGAGCUUCAACCGCGACGCUCGGUGCCUUUUUCGUUCUGUUCGACAAUGCCCUUAUCACCCAGAGCCGUCUUAUCCUUCUCGACUCGAUCCUCGUUUUCUUCACCGCGCUCACCGUCUAUUUUUGGGUCGCUUUCUGCAACGAGGAGAAGCGUACACCUUUCUCGCUGCGCUGGUGGGCGCUGCUUUCGCUCACGGGUCUCAGCCUGGGUGCCGUGGUCAGUUCCAAGUGGGUCGGUCUCUUCACCAUUGCCACAAUCGGCGUCUCGGUCAUCGCUCAGCUGUGGGAGCAUCUCGGUGAUGUUCGCCAGCCUGUGCGGACGCUUGUGCGUCACUUUUGCGCGCGUGCUAUUUGCCUCAUUGGCUUGCCCAUCCUUGUUUACCUCUUGACGUUCGCCAUCCAUCUAGGCCUGCUUCAUCGCAGUGGCGAAGGCGAUCCUUUCAUGAGCAGCGCUUUCCAGCACACGCUGCACGGACACGGCAUGGCCGACACCUAUGCCGACGUCGCGCUGGGCUCCACCGUCGCUAUCAAGCAUCUCAACACGCAGGGCGGCUAUUUGCACUCUCACGUUGCCACGUACCCGGCCGGCAGUCAGCAGCAGCAGAUCACGCUCUACCCGCACGCGGAUGAAAACAAUGAUUGGCUGAUCGUCAAAGCGCCUGGUCCGGAGGAUCCCGCGGCCAAGUUGGAUGACAAGGGCCAUCCUCUUCGACCGGAGGACGAGGUAACCCGCUUCCACCAGGAUCCUAUUCGGUACUUGACGCACGGUAUGGAGAUCCGACUGAUCCACAAGAGCACCGACAAGCGGCUGCACAGUCACGACACCAACCGCCCACCCGUUACGGAGAGCGACUACCAGAACGAGGUCACUGCAUACGGCUUCGAAGGUUUUGGCGGAGACGCCAACGACAACUUCCACGUCGAGAUCGUCGAGGGCGACAAGACGGAUCGUGCUUCGUCGACGCGUGUUCGCGCGCUCAGGACGCACUUCCGGCUGCGACACACGUUGACGGGCUGCUAUCUGUUCUCGCACAAGGUCACGCUGCCCGAUUGGGGCUUUGGGCAGCAGGAGGUGACGUGCAACAAGAACCCGACCAUGCCGAAUUCGCUGUGGUACGUCGAGACGAACACACAUCCGUUGCUUGUCAGUCCCACGGAUGCCAAGACGCGCGUGGAGAUGGUGAACUACCGCCGUCCGAGCUUCUUGGAUCGCUUCUGGGAGUUGCAGCAGGUCAUGUGGGAGACCAACGCUGGCCUGACCGAUAGGCAUGCGUACGACUCGCGCCCGCAGACCUGGCCAAUGCUCAAGCGCGGCAUCAACUUUUGGACCAAGGACCACAGGCAGAUCUAUCUGAUCGGCAAUCCGAUCGUGUGGUGGGGUGCGUUCUUGGCCAUCUUGGCCUACCUGGGUGCGAGGGGGUUGCUCAUGCUGCGUGCCCAGCGCGGGUAUGGCGACCUGAAGGACAGCAGGGUGCGCUUCUACGACCAGACGUGUGGCUUCCUCGCGCUCGGGUGGAUUCUGCACUACCUGCCCUUCUUCUUGAUGAACCGACAGCUGUUCUUGCACCACUAUUUGCCCGCGCUGUACUUUUCGAUUCUCAUCCUGGCGGUGGUGUUCGAUUUCUCGACGUCGACGUUGAGGCCGAGGUUCAGGUUGGUUGCGGGUGUGUUGGUGGCCGUGGUGGUGCUGGCUGGGUUUGUAAGGUAUACUCCGUUGACGUAUGGAGGGGAUUGGACGUUGGCAGCGUGCGAGAAGGCGAGGUGGAGGAAAGGGUGGGACUUCAACUGCGCAGAGUUCCCAACGGAUUUGGCAGAGUUCCAGAAGAUCCCGCCGAGCGUCCAGACGCUCGAGUGGGCGAUGGAAAAGAACAAGGCGCAACCGGUCGCGGCACACGGCAGCGUUAACGGGACACAGGACAGCGGGGCGGCGGAACCGGGACGCCAUGCAUUCGAGCACGUACCCCUCCGAGCCAUGCAGUCCUCCGCCGCGGAGGUGGUCAAACAUCUCAAGGACGGCCUACAGCACGAGGUCGACUACGUCAAAGGCAAAGUGCUCGGCAAGAGCGAGGGUGGGGCUGAUCCUGUGGCACAGGGCAAAGCCGCUGAUCCGGCCGGAUUGGACCAGCAGCAGAUCGAACAGGUGAUGCUCGCGGGCACCGCCGAGGUGGUCAAGGACGUCGCUGCGGAGAGCGCUGCGGCGGGGAAGGUGGCGACCGAGCCGAGUCAGGCGGCCAAGUUUGAUGCGCAUGCGGACGAGGAGGCGCACGAGGCCGCGGACGUGGUGGCUGCCGAUCGCGCCGAGUCGCCGAAGGACGUGUAG